AAAUGAAAUUGGCAGCUUCUUUGAUUUCAAUUUUCUGCUAUAAAAACAUUUUUAUGGAAAUUCAAUAAAAAUAUUUGAAUGAAUAAAAACUUGAAAGGAAAAUUAAUUAAUAAAAAAUAGUGGAACAGGAAUAGAAAAAGUGAUUGCAUGUGCAUUAAAACCAUAAAGUUACCAAAAGCGCAUUAACCGGAAUGACGGUGUUCAGUGCAGUUUCUUUAACAUUCAAUCUAACUUUGAUGAAGAUGAAAUUAAAAUAAUGAAAAUAAUGUUGUCAAAAUGGUUUAUGUCGAUAAAAUAUCAACAGUGAUCAUCGGAGUAAUCAUUUUGUGUAAUUUGCGAGGGUUGAUGUGCUUCUCUCCAGCUGCCCUUUGUAGUCGCAUUCCAGGAUUGUCACCAAAACAAAAGAAACUUUGCUCAGAGUCACCCGAUGCAGUUGUCGCCCUUGGUAAUGGUCACAGUCUAGGCUCAAGAGAAUGUCAAUAUCAAUUUAAAGGACAUCGAUGGAACUGCUCUGAAGUAUGGCAAAAAGAUAUAUUUGGACAUGUAAUCUCUGUUGGCUCACGUGAAGCUGCUUUUACUUAUGCGAUAGCUAAUGCUGGAAUUGUUUAUGCUAUCGCUGCAGCAUGUAGUCGAGGGAAUAUCUCAAUAUGUGGUUGUGAUCAAGUUCAUAGACAUAAAACUGUUUAUCAGGAUCAGUCGUGGAAGUGGGGAGGCUGUUCCGUUGAUAUUGAGUUUGGUAUAAGAUUUGCUCGUAAGUUUUUGGAUGUGAGAGAAAUUGAAGGCGACGCUCGUAGCGAGAUGAACCUGCACAAUAAUCAAGCUGGGAGAAAGAUCGUCAGAAAGCUUUUGAAGAAGGACUGUCAAUGUCAUGGAAUAUCAGGCAGUUGCCAAUUAAAAACAUGUUGGAAAACUUUACCUCAAUUUCGUGAGGUCGGAGACGUUCUUCUGAGGAAAUAUGAGAAGGCUAAAUUGGUUGAAGCACAGAAGAAAGACACAGGAAUAAAUUUAGUCAUUAAAAGAAGAGGUCGUGGAGACAAAGAACCUUUGAAACCAAAGAAUUUGGAUUUAGUUUAUUUGCAACAAUCACCUAAUUAUUGUGAGAAAAAUAUUUUACUAGGUUCAUCAGGUACUCACGGUCGCAAAUGUACGCGAACAUCUUCAGGAGUGGAUAGUUGUAAGCUGCUAUGUUGUGGUCGUGGAUAUGCUACAAAACUUUUUCAUAACAGUUGGCAAUGUAAUUGUAAAUUCGAGUGGGCGUUGAUGAAUGUAAAAUGCGAAAUAUGUAGUGAGCGUACUGAAGAAUAUUUUUGUAAAUAAUUAAAUUUUAAACAUUUUAUUUAUUUAAUUUUAUUGCCGUAAUUUAAAAGAUUUUCAUAUUGUACAUAAAUUAUUUUGUAACGUAUUCUUAAAAUUUGAAUUUCUAUAAAACAAUUUUGAAACUGA